UGGUGCAAGGGCCAAGUGUGGCCAAAGAGCGCCAAGGCAGUGGGGAACAUUAUUUUCUUGUAUUGCUCUUUAGCCACUGCUUUAAUACUUUUCAUGUAACCUGCCCCGUGGAAGACAUGAGAUUACUAUCCUAGGGUAUGUGCAUGUUCACAACUGACAUGAAAAGUUUGGACAGGACCAAUCCCACACACUGCAUGUAGCACCAGGGUGCUCCCAUGGUUGCCUUUCACACUGACCUCUGACGGGCGAUCUUUUCCUAUGAAAAUUCUCUGGCAAGGCUGGCCUGACUGGGAAGCUCUGAAUUUCAACUCUUACAAAGUUCCAUAUACGCUAUAGGGCCACAGAGGCCUUAAAAAUCAGGACUUUCAAAUAUCAAUAAUUUUUUAACCUUUUCUCAGCUAGCUAUACCUGCCACUGCUAGGGAAAUGCAGAGAAAAGCUACGGUUAAUGCACAUGUUAUUUUGUUCCGCCAGCUGUUAAAUAACAGCUUUACUGAAUUUAGUAUGACCGUCAGCUAUCAGUGCGUUCCUAUCAAAGCCACUCUGAUGAAUGAAAGUGACAGCUUUGCUUUUUUCUUUUACUUGUCCUUUUGGUGUCUUCGUAUGCCUCAGGAGUGUGCAGUUACUUCCUUAAGCAUCUAAACAAUAAAGCCAAACUUAAAUAACAUUCUCUUGUGGACUUUUAUCCCUGCUUGUUUCUUACAGCAGAGUGGUGCAACAAGCUAGAUCUGGCAUCAUGUUGUCGGAGCAGUUUAGUAAAACAACCGUCAGCAUCCAGCCCAUUCAAAAUCAUUCAACACUAACUUUAUAAGAGAUUGUAGUGUCUUGAUCACCACAUACACUGCAGGUAAAAGCAGCCGAAACAAGAGUUCUACCUGCAGUUCAUCACUUGGUUUUAGGUAGUCAAUGGGACUGAGAUGAGAAAUGCUGGACAAAUUCCUACAACUAUUUUCACAUAGCUGCGGCAAUUAUAUUAGAUUUUUGUAGAAGUAUUCAUGCAUCACUUGUAAUAAUAGUUCUAAGGCUUUUUUAUGGGGAUUAUACUAGCUUCCAUUUAGCGAUAUGAGGUACUGCUGUAUGAUUAUUGAUAUUGUACCAACACAGGCAAAGCUUGACAAGCAGGCAAAGACUGCAGCCAAAAAGGCUGCUGAGCAGGAGCUGCUGCGGCCUGAGGAGGAAGAAAUAAACAAUGAGGCCAAUGUUUUGAGCCUCAAAAAAAAGGUGACUCAGCUGGAAGGUCUUGUAAAAAGACUGAAAAUUGAAAAUGUGGACCUAAAAAAACUUAACAAAGAACUUCAAAGAGCUCUAUGCGCAAAGAUCUUUGAAACUGGGCAGCAGAACAGUGCGCAAGAACCAGUCGCAAGCGAGGCUUUCAGGAUGGCUGGUGCUGGCCCUAGCCAUAUGGUUACAUCGGCCUCCUUUUCAAGCCCUAGAGAUGCUCUCUGCACAGCGUCUCGCCAGCUACCCUCUGUAGCAUCGCCAGUGGCAAGUGCUGAAGUGAGGCUAGCACACCAGGCAACCAUGCCUCAGGUUGAUGCAGCUGAAAAGAACACUGCAGCUGCCAUUGCAGCUGCCCCUGCAGGUAGCCUGGGCACUUCAGGAUUGGAGCACCCACCACAAGCCCCUGUUGAGGAUUGCCGGCUCCCUGUUAUUGGCACUGACAACCGGUUCCUGGUACAGCCAUCUAAAGCUCUUGGGAAAGAGGCCCAAAAAAUUGACCCCUCUGUUGGCACCAUCAACGAGGCUGGAGAAGUGCACCUUGGCCAUGGAAAUUACAUGGACAGGGACACAUGGCAGCGGCUACUAGCUCUCCCUACGGACUCUGCCUUCUGCAAACAGUUGGCAGUGCGCCUCUGGGGGAGUGAAAUCCUCUCUCAGAGGAGUCUGACAGGCUCACUGCCAAACCGGGCCAUAUCUAAAGGGGUGACAAGAGUAUUUCCGGCCCUUUCUCCAGUCAAAGUGGCGUCAAUGUCAGACUCCUUUUUUCACUUCCUUCAAGUGAAAAAGUGUCCGCCGGAGGAUAUACAGAAAAGGCACAAAUGCCUGCGGCAAUACCUGGCGCAAAAGUGUGCUGACCUACGCCGCUGAGCUGCUUUGGAUGAACCACCAGAAGACAUGGGGCAGCUGAUGGCAGUGCGACCUGCUGCCAGCAGCGUGGCGAGAUCAUCAUCACCAUCAUCAUCAUCAGCAACAGCAGCCAAUUUUAUGUCCACUGCAGGACGAACGCUUCUCCCUGCGAUGUCCAAUUACCUCUAUCCUACUCCAACCGAUUCCAACUAGCACCUGCGACUUUCCUAAUUUCAUAGCUCCACCUAGUCUUCUGCCGUCCUCGACUGAAUUUCCCUUCUCUUAGUACCCAUUCUGUCACCCCAACGGUCCAAUGGUUAUCUAACUGGCGCAUUACAUGGCCCGCCCAGCUCCAUUUUUUUCUCUUAAUGUCAAUUAGAAUAUCGUCUAUACCUGUUUGCUCUCUAAUCCAAACCGCUCUCUUUCUGUCUCUUAACGUUAUGCCUAGCAUUCUUCGUUCCAUUGUUCUUUGCGCGGUCCUUAACUUGUACUCAAGCUUCUUUGUCAGUCUCCAAGUCUCUGCCCCUUAUGUCAGCAUUGGUAAAAUGCCCUGAUUGUACACCUUCCUCUUCAAUGAUAGUGGUAAGCUUCCAAUCAGGAGCUGACAAUGUCUGCCGUAUGGGAUCCAAACCAUUUUUAUUCUUCUGUGAACUUCCUUCUCAUGAUCAAGGGUCCCUGUGAUUAGUUGACCUAGGUAAACAUACUCCUUCACAGACUCUAGAGGUCGACUGGCGAUCUUGAACGCUUGUUGCUUUGCCUGGCUAUUUAUCAUUAUCUUUGUCUUCUGCACAUUAAUCUUGAACCCAACUCUUACACUCUCUUUGUUAAGGACCUCAAUGAUUUGUUGUAACUCGUCUGCAUUGUUGCUGAAUAGAACGAUGUCAUCAGCAAACCGAAGGUUGCCGAGAUAUUCGCCGUCAAUCUUUACUGCUAAGCCUUCCCAGUUUAAUAGCUUGAAUACUUCUUCUAAGCACACAGUAUUGAAUAGCAUUGGAGAGAUUGUGUCUCCCUGUCCGACCCCUUUCUUUAUAGGUAUCUUCCUAUUUUUCUUUUCUAGAAAUAAGGUAGCUGUAGAAUCUCUGUAGAUAUUUUCCAAGGUAUUUACGUAAGCGUUCUGCACUCCUUGAUUAUGUAAUGCCUCUAUGACUGUUGGUAUCUCUACUGAAUCAAGUGCCUUUUCGUAAUGUAUGAAAGCCAUAUAGAGAGGCUUAUUGUACUCUGUGAAUUUCUCGAUAACCUGAUUAAUGACAUGGAUGUGAUCCAUUGUAGAGUAUCCCUUCCUGAAGCCAGCCUGUUGCCUUGGUUGACUAAAGUCCAGUGUUGUCCUUAUUCUAUUGGAGGUUAUUUUGGUGAAUAUUUUAUAUAAUACUGGGAGUAUGCUAAUGGGCCUAUAAUUUUUCAAUUAGUUAACAUCUCCCUUUUUUGUGGAUUAGUAUAAUGUUUGCAUUCUUCCAGUUUUAUGGUACCCUUGCAGUCGGUAAACACUUCGUAUAAAGAGCAGCCACUUUUUCAAGCAUUAUGUCUCCUCCGUCUUUGCUUAAAUCGACUAUUAUUCCAUCUUAACCUGACGCUCUUGCUCAUUUCAUGUCUUGCAAGGCCCUUCUGACUUCAUCGCUAGUUAUAGGAAGAGUUCCUGUAUCCUGUUCAAUACUGUUUCUAUCUGAAGUAUCCUCACCCCUCUGGGUACUAUGCAGGAAAGUAUAGAAUACUUCUGCUGCUUCUACUAUAUCUUCUCAUUUAUAGUGAGACUACUAUAUCUACUCAUUUCAUGUCUUGCAAGGCCCUUCUGACUUCAUCGCUAGUUAUAGGAAGAGGUCCUCUAUCCUGUUCAAUACUGUUUCUAUCUGAAGUAUCCUCACUCCUCUGGGUACUCUGCAGGACAGUAUAGAAUACUUCCGCUGCUUCUACUAUAUCUUCGAGAUUGCUGAUGAUAUUACCCUGCUUAUCUUUCAGUGGAUACAUCUUAGUUUGUCCUAUGCCAAGUUUCUUUCUCACCGAUUUCAGGCUGCGUCUAUUUUUACGGCUUCUUCAGUCUUUCUCACGUUAUAGUUUCGAAUAUCCCUUAUUUCCGCCUGAUUGUUCAAUUUUGACAGUUCCGCAAAUUCUAUCCUAUCUCUUGAGAUGGACACUUUCAUGUUUUGUCGUUUCUUUAUUAGGUCCUUUGUUACUUGGGAGAGCUUGCCUACUGGUUGCCUUGCUGCCUUGCCUCCCACUUCAAUUGCUGCCUCUGAAGCCAACCUAGUUACGGUUUCAUUCAUUAGCUCCAUGUCAUCAUCAUCUCUCUGUUCUAAGGCAGCAUAUUUGUUUGCAAGUACCAGCCUCAAUUUGUCUGCUCUUACCCUUACUGCCUCUAGGUUGACCUAUUUCUUCUUUACCAACCUUACUCUUUCUCUCUUCAAAUUGAGGUAAAACCUAGCCCUCACUAACCUAUGAUCACUGCACCUUUACCCUACCUAUCACUUCUACAUGCUGCACUAUGCUGGGAUCAGCAGAAAGUAUGAAAUCAAUUUCAUUUCUUGUUUCACCAUUAGGGCUUUUCCAGGUACACUUUCUGUUACUACGCUUUCUGAAAAAGGUGUUCAUUUUGCAAAGCUUAUUCAUUUCUGCAAAUUCUACCAGCAUCUCUCCUCUAGCAUUCCUAGAAUCGACGCUGCAGUUGCCAAUUGCUUGUUGACCAGCCUGCUUUUUCCCCACUUUUGCAUUGAAGCCACCCGUUACUACAGUAUAAUGAGUUUGCACUUUUUUCAUCGGUAAUUCAACAUCUUCAUAAAACUGAUCUACUUUAUCAUCAUCAUGACUGGAUGUUGGAGCGUAGGCUUGUACUAUCUUUAAUCUGUACCUCUUAUGAAGUUUGAUUACGACUACAGCUACCCUCUCAUUAAUGCUGUAGAAUUUGUCAAUGUUGCUCGCUAUGUCCUUAUGGAUGAGGAAUCCUACCCUGUAUUGCUUCUUAUCUGGGAGACCUCUAUAGCAGAGGACAUGGUCAUUAUUCAACAAUGUAUAUAAGCCUCACCAGUUCUAUAUUAUGUUUAUUAAUAAAUUACUUUUCACUGUACA